AUGGAAACUUUGGAAGCUCUACAAAGCGAAUUAGAGUUCUACAGGCAAAAUCAAUCAACAGUGGAAGUAGAGAUCCGCACGUUAAUAGCAGACAACGAAAAGCUGUCUCGACAGGUGGGCACUUUGCUUAAGGAGAAACUUCAGACUGCGCAGCAAGCGCUCACGAGUGACGGCGAACAGGGAAAGAAAGUAGACGAGUUGCGACGACAGGUGACGCUUAUUACCAAGGAAAGAGAUUCUCUACACGUAUUAUGGCAAACAUCACAGAAAACAAUAGAUGCUUUAGAAACAGAACUCAAGACGUACCAGAGCUAUGACAAUAGAGGCAACCAGCCAAAUUUAUCAGAGGACAGAAGAGAUCUAGAAUUAAAAUUAGACACCGCACUAACCGAUUAUAUCGAGCUUGAAACAAAAUACAAGAGUUUAAACUCAAAGAACUCGAUUUUAGAAAACAACCUCAGAAAUAAGGAAAAAGAUAUUAUUUCUUAUAAAGAAAGAGGUACAAAACUGGAGGUAAAAAUAGAGGAAUUAUCAAAGAAUUUAGAAGAGUAUAAAAUCAAUUUAAUUGCGGAAAAGAAAAACAAUGAAGAUUUAAAAAGCCAAUUAACAACAUAUCAAAAAGAUGCUGUUGAUAGAGUGAAGAAGGAAGCUGAGGCAAAAUCAAAGGUCGCCGAAGCAUUACAACUAUUUGACCUCGUUACUGCUCAAAAAAAUGGAGCUAACAAGAAAAUUGCAGAAAUAACAGGAGAAUUAUCACAAGUGAAACAAGUAUUAACAAACGUAAAACAAGAUGCAGAAAUGAGCUAUAGGAGGGAAUUAGAUGAAAUCAAAGAAAAAUACAACGAAAAAGUAGCCGAUAUGCUCAUUCAUAUUAGGAAUUUAGACACAGAGUUAGUAGAGAAGGGAAUGCUACUAAAUAAGAUUUUUAGGGAGAAUAAAAUUCUUCGAGAAACAAACGAGAGUUUUAUAAAGCAACAGAAGGAUUGCCUUAGUGCUGUGGAUCCAAAGAUCAAGUUAGCUGAGGAACGGUUGGAAACUAUGUUUCAGGAAUUGGUAUCAUCAGAAAGACGCAACAUUCAAUUACAAUGCGAGAAGCAGUGUUUAGCAAUAGACAUUCAGAGAAUACAGGACGCUCACACAAGAGAGAUCAAGCGACGGAACUGGGAGGAAAAAUUAUUGAAGACUCAGUGUGAAGAGCUCAAGAUGCAAGUGCUACAUUUACAAAAAUCUCUGGACGAAACGCAUAAAAUAGUUAACAAAUUGCAAAAGAUGCUGUCUUCAAGAACAGAGCUUAGUCAAAAGAUGAUCUCCACAAAAGAAGAAGAAUUGACGGAAUUGAAUAAACAUUUAGACAAUCAAAUGGAGCUUAGUAGAAAGUGGAAGGAAUCCUACAUGGAAAUGACAGAAAAAUUAAAAAAAAGACUGAAAGGUAUGCAAAAAGAAAAUGAAGAACUUAGAGCAAGAUUAAAUGUACCAAGCCAAGAAAAUUCCAGCAGCACAGAAUAG